AUGCCUUCAAGCUUUGCGUCAGCCGCCGCGGGUCAAGCUUCAGGUCGCGAUGCUAGGAGCGGGAGGGGUGACGGACGCGGGAGCGGGGACUGGGCACGCAACAGCAGACCCAAUGGUACCGCGGUAUUACAACUCGGCGGUGGACGUCGAUCAUCAGCAGCACCACACAGUUCGACAUCGCAAUCAGACGCAGCAAGCCCGGCACCUAGUUUGGAGGCACAUGGGUCACAACAUACGCAAAACCCCUUGGCCGAACAUUCAUCAGACAAUCGAUAUUCUAAGGAUCAGUUGCUAGACAUCUACAAGGCGCAUCAAAACUCAGAGGCACCAAAUAAAGAUGUUUCGAAUUUGUUCGUCAAUGGUUGGGACCCGGGACAUUCAAACGGUACAAAUGGACGUGGCUGGGGAAAGAGUAAUGAUGGAAGAGACACACACGGGCCACAUGUAUGCUGGGAUAACACUGGCAGUGUUCCGCCGAUCAGUCUGCAAGAGAUGAGCGAGGCUGAGAAGACUGCCUUUUCGGGAGAUGUGAAUUCGCCCCUAAGACCGCCACCACAGAACUCGAACAAAGACCCCAAUACACCAGGACUGGCCAACGGCCGAAAGACAUCAGUAUCACAUGGACAAAACGCAGGCGGAUUCGGGCUUUCCUCGCCCGCAUCCAGUCGACCGAGCACUCGCCGACAGCAAACCAGCGACUCCAUGACUGGUCUUGGAUCCCCCGCCCCCACUGGUAGGUUCUCUAGAGAUGACCACUCUCCAUUCGCUUCUCGAAAGACGCUUGAUUUCAAGGAUGGAGCCGAUGAACGGGCUGAGGAUUCGAAACCUGGCCUACCUCUCGGAAGCUUGAUGCGUAGUAAUACUGCUGGAAGUGCUCUAGGUAAUGGGCCUGCAUCUCCGUGGAACACUGCACCCACCAGUGCGACCAUGGGGAACUUUGGUAGCUUUUCCCUGGCCAAUCCGCCUACGCCUAGCGAAAAGAGGCCUGUUUUCGGGAGAGGGGAAAGUCGCCUUGCUCAUCUCAUGCCAAAAGAGAGCUCAGAGGAUAUGUCUUCAAAGGCUGCAGAGAGAUCAUGGCGAUCUCGGCCACGUACGGAUACAGAUCCAUUUGGCGAUGACGUUCCCACUGGGAGUGCUGCUCUAGGUGGUGGCCAGGAUACCAGCCCACCGCUGAACUCACAACGGAGGGCGCCCGGCCUGGACACACCAAUCCGAGGAGCAUCAAGUAGUGACUUUGGUAUGUCGGACAUGCCAGGUUUUCGCGACUCUCUUCAACGUGGGCAAAGCUACCAGACUCCGCAAGGACACCAUGGUGAACAUGAGCAACUCAGCCCUUCCGAUACUAAUCCCUACCGCAGCCCUCCCGAAGAUAGGAAUGGCCAUGAUGAUGAGAGCUAUGAUGAUGAAUCUCUUCCACAUAGCCGUCUACAAGGGUUAGGCGGUAUUCCAGAACAUGGGUCAAGUGCUCUUGGGGGUUUGUCGAGAGGUUUCUCUAAUGCCGCAUUUGAUGGCAGUGAUCGAAGCCAGACCUCAAGCGUUGGUGCAAAUAAAGGGUUCUCCUCAUUGACAGGGGGACUUCCCUCCCUUAGCGGAUUGGGUGGCAUCGGUGGGUGGCCGACCAGUGGGCAUCCAAUUGGGACACCCGACCGGGAGAGACCUGGCUACCCUGGUGCUUUUGGAAACUCCAUCUUUGGAUCUACGGGCGAUCUUCAAUCACCGGGUUUUGGCGCACUGGGCAGUAUGUUCGGCCCAGCAUCAGCUGGAAAUAUUUCGGCUGCUAGCACAAUUGGUCGAGGCAGUAAACUAGGCUCCUUGUUUCCUGCCUCUAUGCAAGCUCAGAUGCAAAGCCAUGAGACCGAUAAUCCAGCUGAUGGAGAUUUGAGGCAAGGGGGUGCCUUUGGCGCCAUCGGCAGAAACCCAUUUCCUUCUCGUGAUACAGAUAGUCCCAUGCGAACUGGCAGAAAUGCACUCGAAGAUCUGUUUCCACCGUCCGACAAUUCUCGAAGUCAUGGCCCUUUCACCUCAUCUCAGGUCAGCCAAGGACAAACAGCAACAUCGAUGCCGCAUUCUGCUCAAUCCGGUUACCAGCAGUCACAGGGAUCAUCAGACUCGACAUCUAACCAGCUACCUACAGCACAGAACCGCCAGAUGGUAAUGCCAGAUAGGAUGAGAUGGGUUUACUUGGAUCCGCAAGGCCAAAUGCAAGGCCCCUGGUCCGGUCUCGAAAUGCAUGACUGGUACAAAGCACAGUUCUUCACUCCAGAUCUUUCUGUGAAGAAGGUCGAAGACGAUAAAUUUGAACCUCUCGGCGAGCUGAUCCGUCGGAUCGGCAACUCUCGAGAACCAUUCCUGGUCCCUCAGAUCGGAAUUCCUCAUGGUCCGCCAACCACACAGCCUGGGACGUCCUUUGCGACAGCUGCCACUGCUCCUGGGAGUGGCGCAGCUCAACCGGGAGUCGUUCAGCCUCCUUUUGCCGGCGCAUUCCCCAGCUUUGGCACUACCUUGACUGCAGAGCAGCAAAACAACCUUGAAAGACGUAAGCAGGAAGAGCAAUAUCUUAUGGCUCGCCAGAGAGAGUUCUUAGCCCAGCAGCAAGUUAACUUGAAACAACUCCAAAUGAGUGGAAUCCCAGCUUCUUUGCACCAUCAUUCAAGCGCACAAAGCCUGCAAAGUCAGCCUAGCUUUGGAAGUAUGACAUCUCCUAUUGGAAUGCCUCAGGUCCCAAUUCCAGGCGUUUCUGGUUUCUUUGAUGGUCCUCCCAGGCAGGUUCCAACCCAAGGAGUAUCUGGAAUCUCCAACGACUUCUAUCCUCACGAGGAACUGAGCCGCCUUAGCUUGCAGGAACGCCAACAAGUCCUUACUGCAAACGGACAAGGAUCUACCCAUGCUCAGCAGAUCAGCGCACUGUUUGGACAACAUCCUGAUGCCCAGCGAGAGGCGGUUGCCAGGUCGGAGCAGUUGCGCAACGACCCGCAAGGAUUCAAGGCCCGCCUGCAGGAAUUUGAGCAGCUCAGAGCACAGCACGAUGCAGAGGAGGCUGCUGCUCAGUCUGCUGCUCAGUCUGCUGCUCAGCCUGCUGCUCAGUCUGCCAAUGCGACAAGCGAGCCCAUUGGCCCGCCGCAGCAACAACAGCAGCAGCAGCAGCAGCAGCAGCAACAACAACAGCAGCAGCAGCAGUCCCAGGAGCCAACUGAAGCUCGGAAGGAAGAGCAGCAGGCAGCGGAACCUCAGGAGCCUCUCUCCCUUACUCAACAGGUCCAGAAAGCUGCGUCAGCCAAGCAAUCGCCUUCUGUUCCGCAGCCAGAGUCGCCAUGGGCAAAGGUCAACCCCAAUCUACCUAUGCCAUUUCCGGCUCCACAGUCAACCACUCCCCUCCCAGCUCCCACUGCUCAGCGUGGUCGUUCAAAUUUGCCGGAGGCUUUGAAUCAGGGGAUUAGAUCGCGUUCCGAGACGCCUGAGGUUGCAGUUGUGACCCCAUCCAUUGCACCUUGGGCAAAGGAGCCAACUGAGGCACCAAAGGGACCUUCUCUCAAAGAGAUCCAAGAGGCUGAAGCAAAGAAUGCUGCCAAGGCAGAGGAAUUAGCUGCAGCUGCUCGUCGUGCUCAGCAUGAACAGGAAAUGAAGCUGCUAGCUAGUCAACCAGCCCCUCAGGCCCCCGGACUUCCAACUACUUCUACCUGGGGAAAUCACCCUUCGCCAGCCACUCACACGAGCUCCCCAUCACCAUGGGCUGCUGCUGCUGCUGGUAAGGCUCCGGCCUCUAGCACUGCCGCGUCAAAGAAGACCCUAGCGGAUAUUCAACGUGAAGAGGAGUCUCGCAAGCAGAAACUUGCUGCCGCAUCCGCUGCGACGCAACCUACCCAUGUUGUCUCUGGUGGCAAGCGAUACGCUGAUCUUGCUAGCAAGGCCUCGGCGGCGGCCACUCCCGCAACUGGGGGUCCGUGGGCCACCGUUGGUGCUGGUGGAAAGGUCAAGAUCCCCACUGGUCCAGCAGCUACGACUCCUCAAGCAGGUCGGGCUUCCGGCAACACGACAGUAGCUACCACCGCUGCUCGCGCUACACGUGCGGCUCCUGCCGUCCGCACUGUUACUACUGCCAGCGCCCCAACCGGCGCCACCACAGCGAAGGACGAGUUUAACAAAUGGGCAAAGGGAACCUUGGCAAAGGGACUGAAUUCCAACAUCAAUGUUGACGAAUUCCUUUCUAUGAUAUCGAGCUUCCCUUCAGAGGCUAUUGCCGACAGUGUUUAUGCCAGCUCUCAGCUGAUGGAUGGUCGUCGUUUCGCCGAAGAAUUCCUUCGACGUCGUAAGCUUGCCGAAAAGGGCAUCAUCGAGCCAUCUAGCACCGGGUCUAGCGGAUCCUUCUCCCCUGCUGGUGAGAAGGCCGGGUGGAGCGAGGUUGCGAAGAAGGGACCUCCAAAGGAGGACCCAACUGCCGGAUUCAAGGUUGUUCCUAACAAGAAGAAGGGCAGGAAAUGA